UUUAGUACAUUUCUUAGCUAUCAGUAGAUUUUGCAGAUCUUAGAUCCCAGCAAAUUUCCCGGAGUAGGUCCCAGCUAUCAACUUAAAAAUGCUUCAUUACUUGGGCCCUGUACCUCAUUACAGGGCCACUAUGGAUACCAGCCGGGCAACCAUGUAGAAAUAAAGAUUUAGUUUACUUAGUUACUUUUACUUAGCUGACGGCUAGAAAUUUUGACGAAUUCUCAGCUAUUAGUUAAACUUUACCGCUGACCCUCUUCAUAUAAUGUCUUCUUUUGUUGGCGAUACUCUGACGAUUUGGCGGUUUAAGCCAAUUUUGAGUGCUGGUUUGCGGGUACAUUCACAUUUAUCUGGCGGUUUAUGGUUAAGAAAUUACCGCGCGGUUGCGGGAAAUCAUAAAUUUAGCUCACGAUUUUCGGUUUGAUUUUGCGCGUUUUUGUGGCGAUCAUUCAAACAUGGAGCCCUCAAAACUUGUACUUUUACGCUUCGUUAUAAACGUCUCGAGCAAUCUUUGUGUUUGUGAACAGCCCUGCCCCAUUAGACGUCAAAACGUUUUGUUCGCUGGUUCCUGGAUGGAGUCAGAAACAAUUCGUUCUGUUCUUAAGAUCUUGUGGUCUUUGUGGACAGAAAUACGUUUACCGAGCUACCAUCUCGUAAAGAAUUUGUUAACAGUAUCCUGUGAGUAAGGUGGUUUCGGUUUUUAGGAGAAAUCGAAAGCGGUUUCUAUUGCAGUUUUAUAUUCAGCGAUUUCUUUAUGUUUACAUGUAAGAGCUUCUUAGUUCUUGGAUAUUGGCUGUGUCCAUACUAUUAUGCAUAAUUUAUCUUUUUCAUUUUCCGCCUCGCGUUUGACAUGUACCGCGUAUACUGUACAGUUCUCUCAAAACCAACUAACACCAGCAGAAUAUUAGUUUUACAAACCAACGAUAUCACGUUGUUAAUAAAACGCCGUUUACGAUUGUUUCCUACUUUGUAAGUGAUCCAUUGAAAGUUAUUGCUGCUUAUCUCAAUUACGGUUGAGUUUGCACGUUUUCCCUGUGGGACCGGCCCAUGAAAAGAGGUAUUACUGAAAUACAAUAGUGCUCAAAAACGCUUAAUUGGUCCAAGCAACUAUGGUCCAAGUUAUCAUGUAAUAUUCUACCAUUUUAGUAAGUCCUUAGUUGCUUUAAUAUAUCUGUUAGUACCAAAAUGAGUUGACUUAUUUAACCGUGACUGAUCUUAAGUACUAAAGGAUAUGGGUUUCGUGGCCAAACACGAUUUUUUCCACAAGACUCGGGCAAUAUGAGAUUUUUUCCCCCAAUUUGCGACAGGUAGAAGGCGUAAAUACAUUUGUCUUGGUAACCGUCCGCUGGAAAGUGCCAUCUAAUUAAAUAUAACUUAAUUUCGUUUUACUGACAUGUGGUUGGGUGCUUAGUUUCUGUGCCAAAGAACACCUCUUGACUCAGUUCUUUAGAGUCCAAGGAGUGCGUUAAUUACAUAGCCCAAUUGUUUAUAAAUCCUGGUAACCAAACAAAUCAAACAAUUACUACGUGGCAAUGAGACCCAAUCAAGAUUACCGAUAUUGUGUGCCUAAGCUAUUUUCAAAUAUGUUCCAAGUACAAAUUCGACGAUAAUUUGCAUGUGGUCGGACAACAAACAAUAGUGUAUAAAGUGCUCAAACCAAGGGCAUGCAUGCAGACGCCGCGGCGGAGAGUUUUUUAAUAGCGCAACGUACACUUUAAGUACGUUGCUUACAAGGCGAGCUAUUUUGCAUUUGUAAAAAGGUUUGAAUUUGCUCAGUUGUUGACUAAUUCCCAUUGGUGGGCUAGCUUGUCGAGUAGCCAGAACAGCUUUAAACCUUCCUCUACAAGAUUAAGCUUAGAACACGGACAAUGUCGGCGAAGGGAAAAGCCAGAGACAAGAGUCUCUCAAAGCUCGGUAAUCGUAUGAUAACGACGAUGCUAAAGAACGAGAAAUUAGCGGAAAAGGAGCUCGAAAAAAAGAUGAAAGCUAUCAAAGACUUGGAACGAAAGUCUAUGGUAAAAAUAUGCGAAACGUCACUCGACGUGAAGUAUGACAUCAGACGAAAAAGAAACACACAAGAUAUGGAAGAACAACUCGCCGAUGAGAAUUUGAAUGUCAAUUUUACCCAGGGAAGGGUUUUACGCUCACCAAGUACAUCCCGCAGGGGGAGUUUAAGGCCAGCGUCACCCAAAGAAGAAGAUUUAGAUGAAGCAGCGUCCAUUUACAGCCGAGAGACUUCUAUGUCUACGAAUCCUUCGAUUUUGAUCAAUAAUGAACGAAAGGAGAACGAUUCUGAACAAGACCCAGACAGCAGACGCUCAUCACUUGGAAGUGUACAGACCGAUGCGCCAUCUCCGUGCGGAACGCCUCCGGACGAACCGUUUGCAUUAGACGAGACAGAAGCUCGGAACGUGCUGGAAGUGUUUUCUCAAAGCGCACGCGGUUCUCGUAGAAGGCGAACAGCCCCGGAAAUAACAGAUCUUCCGCCGAAGCUACUCAUUCAGCUGGCGAAAAGUUCAGUGGAGGUUAAAAGACGAGAGUCCACGCACGAUGCGAGCGAGGAUGACUCAUUGGAUCCUGCUCCACCAGUGUUGACAAGAAGACGUGGAUCAGCGACGACCGAGUUGAUGCAAUCAAAAGGAGAGAAACAAAAAACGGAGGAGCCAAAUGGUCAGGACGUGAAUUUUUCACCUUCUCUGCGGAAAAGGGGCUCUGCUGUAGUGGCAAACACGUCUGGUGAACGAGGAGUGAAUUCUCCACCAGGAUCUCCUCUUCUUCUCCGCAGACGAGGGUCUUCCUCGGUUACGAACCCCAAGCAUUCGCUGUCACUAGAGUUGAGUGAAGUUUUCUUAAAGGAUAAGAUCUCGGAGCAAUCUCAGUUGUCGCCUCGAUUGAAACAACCCAUUUCGCCCUUGGUUGGACGAAAAGGCUCCGGAGUCACAGCCACCCUUCGUCCUAUCUCUGGCCAGCCGUUAGCUAAAGGGACAAAUACGGAUGUUGCGUCGGAGUCGAUGUUACCAGAUCUGAACGGCGCAGGGCUCACCAAGAGGCCGUCAUCUCCUUCGAUGCGACGGUCUCCGGUGCGAACGACCUCCUCCUUAAAUCGACCCUCCACCGCAAGGUCGUCUUCUUCGUUAUCAGCGGAUAGUGUCAGCGGAGAGGGACAGUCAGGGAAUCUUCCGGGCACAGGAGAGUACGACUUGGGGCGGCGACGUGGGUCCAGACCCGGAUCUGCAAGGAGUUGCUAUUCAGUGCCUCCAGGUAGCCUACUAUUGCCGCUAGACAGGAUGCCUGGUAAUUUGGCGAGUCGUCGAGGGUCAUCAGAACUUUCUUCAAUUGAUCUGAAUACUCUAUCACCGACUUCACCGCUGAGGAAGGCUAUGGAAGACCCUCAAGCCACCCUUAAUCCUGCUCCGGUAUCUCCUAGUGUUUACAGGAGGCAUUCGGGGACAGUAGAGGCUUUGCAGGGUCGUGUGGAUGACUUCUUGAAAACGCUGGCAGCAAAAAGUAGUUGAAAUACAGAAAAAGACAAAAAACAUAAUGACAACAACAAAAUCGGUAUUUCGGUGGUUUAGCUUCAGCUGUAUAAAAUUGACCUCACUGUUUGUCUUCACCGGGAAACCGAGUGGUUCAUGUGGUUUGGUGGAUGAAGUAUUGCUUUCUCUGGCCUUGCAACUCAAGAUUAAAUUGGUUCAUCACACCAAUUUAAUUUCAUGAUCCUUGUUUGUUUAUUUAUAUUUAUUUAAAACAGCACUUUUCACUGACAAUACAAACUACACUUGAGCCGGAGAAUAUUACAGGCUUUGCCUCUAGAGUAAAAAUAUAUUAUUGGCAGUAAUUAUACAACCACUGGUUGUUAAACAGCAAGUUUUAGAGUAGAGCGGCCAUUUUAUUAUACAAGCACCAUAAAAGGUCACGAAAGUGGCCUCAACGUACAGAGGGCUUUUUUAACUGGUUAAAGCCACUUUUGUAUUCAUGUGAGUGAAAGGAAAAACAACUCGAUCGUGAAAAUUAUUUCUU